UCGAUGUGGUCUCUCCCUAGAGUGUCUCGCUUAAACUUUGUGAAUUAUAAACUGAACAGUUUGCGUACAUAGUAAUUAGACGACAUGGACAACUCUGGUAAAGAAAAGGAAGCCGUGGCUCUUAUGGCUGAGGCAGAAAAGAAAGUUAAAUCUUCGCAGUCCUUCUUCGGUUCUCUGUUUGGAGGCUCAUCGAAAAUGGAGGAAGCCUGUGACAUGUAUGCCAGGGCUGCCAACAUGUUUAAAAUGGCAAAGAACUGGAACUGUUCUGUUUCAGCUGCAGGUAAUGCCUUUUCUCAGGCCGCGCGUCUGCAUUUACAGAUGCAGAGCAAACACGACGCUGCCACCAACUUCAUCGAUGCUGGCAAUGCUUUCAAAAAAGCUGACCCUCAAGAGGCCAUCAACUGUUUGAAUAGGGCCAUUGAAAUAUACACAGACAUGGGGCGGUUUACCAUCGCAGCCAAACACCAUGUCACCAUUGCAGAGGUAUUUGAGGCAGAACUUGUGGAUAUUGAAAAGGCUAUAGCUCACUAUGAACAGGCUGCCGACUACUACAAGGGAGAGGAAUCCACCAGCUCAGCCAACAAGUGCCUUUUAAAAGUGGCUAGUUACGCGGCCCAGCUGGAGCAGUAUCCAAAAGCUAUUGAGAUCUACGAACAGGUUGGGACCCACGCAAUGGACAGCACACUGUUGAAAUACAGCGCUAAAGACUAUUUCUUCAAGGCAGCCCUCUGUCACUUCUGUGUCGACAUGCUCAACGCAAAGCUGGCAUUGCAAAAGUAUGAGGAAAUGUUCCCUGCAUUUUCGGAUUCUCGGGAAUGCAAACUGAUAAAGAAGCUGCUGGAUGCCUAUGAGGAGCAGAAUGUCGACGCGUACACUGAUGCUGUGAAGGAAUAUGACACGAUUUCACGGCUAGACCAGUGGCUCACCACCAUGCUGCUCCGCAUUAAGAAAACUAUACAGGAGGACGAGAGUGAUCUCCGCUAAAGGCCAAAUCGGCCUCUUCCUACAAUCACCCCCCCCCCCCCCCCCCCCCCCCCCAAACCAUGACCAAAUUUAGCAGUCUGUCUCCAUAUUCUCCUCUUAAGUCUGCCUGUUCCUCUAUCACUGACUCUCUUUGCUCUUUAGUCUCUGAGUCACAAUGACAGAAAACCCUCCGUUGACUCUCUCCGGUCAUAUCAUGUAGGUGCCUUGCCACAGACAUGGUCUCAUAGCAGACAUCAGAGAACACUAAGUGGUUAAAAACAAACAAACAUACAUACCAAACCCCUUGUGAUGAAGCCGAGUGUGGGUGUCGAGUGCCUUAUUACUGACAGUAAAGCCACAGCCUGUUUGGGACGCCCACCGUUUUAGAGCUCAAAUCACUGUGCCUUAUACUCACACACACAAAAAAAUUUUUAUCUGUACGCUUCAUGUGGUUUAUUCUAUAUGUGUUCUUUGAAUUUAUAUUACGAAUUAUACUGCAGUUUCU